GGAAGGGUUCUUGUGAAAAUUUAUAAUAGAUAUGAUUUUAAUUAGUCGUCUGAAAUUACAAUUUAUGACAGAGAAUUUCUGCUACCAACUCCUAAGUUUAAAGCCGAAAUAUUUCUACUUCUAUUUUUCCCCCUUCGAUUCCCAUUUCGACACCCUAAAUGUAUCAUCCAUAGAAAGUUUUCACCCCCGUGUUUGCUGUUUUUGUUAUGCUAACGCACUGCUUAGCUAACAUUUCUAAUUCACGUACGCUAAUUUCUUGAUAACAGUUCAAUGCUGCGACUUUUAAGAUUUCACUUAACAUCUGUUCAAAUAGCUUCGAAAUAUGGCGAAAAGAAAAAAAACCUUAAUGGCUGAAUAGUUUUUCGGGUUUCAAAAGGAUAUUCGCAUUCUUAAAGGCGAAAUCUUCAGAUUCCAAAUAACGUUAUUUCUACAAUAAUAUCGUGCCAAUUCAAUGGGACUUCGCCAAGUUGUCUUGGCGGUGAACCAAUUGUUUAGUAAAAUCCCUUAGUCUUGUUGGAUACCCAGUACGCUUUCCAUUUACCUAGAAAAUUAUUCCAAUAAAAUGGGCAGCCGCCCCCACCUAGAAAUAAUAAAUUAAAAGUAAAAAUUAAGGGAUUGUGGGAAAUGCAAUUAUCUGUUCGCUAGAUAUUGACUGUUGCGUACUUAGCUAUUCGGGCCGUGCAGGGGCCAAGUCAAAUAUAGCGCCAGAUGGUGGAUUGUUUCUUCUGACAGCUUGCCCUUGCGUUUGGGCUUUUUUGACGAUUACAAGACGAAGACACUCGAGCACAGGAUGGCACUGGUUUUCCUGCAAGUUAUGGCAAUAAUUGCAAUGCUCAAUAUUACACUCCUACAAUUCUCAACAGUUCUUGGUUUAUUAAGUAUGCAGUACGCAGAAAUUGGUUGCUAUGGUGAUAGUGGUGAAUCCCCGCGCCCUUUGUCUGAGCUGCUUCACAACUACCGUGAAAACAUGACAUGGAACGACAUCAAUGACGUCAUCAAGAAAUGUGCCUCGUUAGCGCAUGCGCGCGGUUAUAAAUUGUUUGGUGUUCACAAUUACGGAGAGUGUAGAGCAGGUGCUGAUAACGCUGACCAGACUUACGCUCGUAACGGCGUGUCAGUAUCUUGCCUCCGAGGUGUUGGCAGAGCAGACGGAGUCUUAGUCUACAGAUUGUACGAAACUCACGAAAAGGAUGAAGGAUGUAAGUCAGGAUGGCACUCAACCACAUCUCGCUGUAUAUACCUCAUGCCGAACGCCACCUACCCCGAAAGCACUGCUGAGCGCUGCCGCCUCCUAGGGGGAACCUUCUUCCUAGCCACCUCCUCCGGAGACUUCACUAUGGCAGAUCGCCUCAUACGUACGCUAGACGAGAAGCACCGAUUAAACUCUACAAAAGUCAUUGUGCUGGGCAAAGGAGCUUACAAAGGCAUUUUGCCGCUCUGGGAGACUUACAACUCCACUCUCGGACCUCCCCCACUCAGCUCCGGGGAUUAUGUUUGUGCUCUGAAGCACGGUGCUCUCACGUGGUACGUGCUUGCGUGCAACUACCAAGAUGGCAGUGUGAUGUGUCAGAGAGAAAGAGAUCUGCCUCUUUUGAACGGAGGUUUCGCCAAAGCCAAGCACGACGCAGUUGUUGAAGGCAGCGUGUUUGCGUGGUAUUUCGUCGAUGACGUCAUGCGGUGUGCACGUGAAUGCCUUUUGGUCAAAGGGUGUCAUUCCUUCAAUUAUGAGUACAAUCCAUCCAAUGCUGCGUUUGGCGCCAAAUGCGAACUCAACGACGUUAAACUUCCUAAAGCCGUUAUGAAGCCAAGGGAUUCUUAUAAUAUUUACGAAAGACUGUAAAUAGUGGACCAUUAGAAAUUUGGGGAGGGGGUUGGCAAUUUUUUUUCGUGGGCCCGGAGUGUGUAGGAUUUUUUUUUUACCAGAAAGGCUGUGAACGUUUUUUUUUUUUGCUUGAGAUUACUCGCAAAUUGCGUUUCUACAUGGUAUAUUGAAUACAUACCGACGGGACACCGACACUUGAAGUGAAAAGUAGAAACAGUGUGACAAAAGAAAUCCUUGAGGUGAUCACAGGCCUAGGCCCAUAAAAGAUUUGGGUAGAGGUGUUCAAUUGAAUACUUCUAAGGGCAGAAAAUACAGAUUUUUUGUAAGUCAAUCCAAAAAAAAAGGAAAACAUGUUAUAAAAAAAUAAGGAAAAGAAACCGCUUUUAACAGACUACAGCUUUCCAGGUAAUUAUUGUGCUUACAAAAGCAGACUUUGACAUUUAGGUUUUGCAAGUUUUUCUUUUUUUUUUAUUGUUUGGAGUUCUGCAAGUUUUUUUUUAGAAUCGGCUAUGCACGCUUUUUUUUUUAAUUGCCACCCCCUCCCCAAAUUUCUAGUGGUCCACCCCUAAAUUCAACUAAGGCUAAGUUCAAACGUCGUAUUAUCCAUGGGCCGUAUUCAAUGCAAAUGCGUUCAAAUAAAGAUGAAACAAUCGACUAUAUUCAUUUGCACGCAUUUGCAUUGAAUACGGCUCAUGGAUAGUACGUAGUUUGAACGUAGCCAAAGUUGAAAUAUCCUCUAUGGGAAAGAGUUGCGGGCUGCGUGCCCUCUGAUCUUCACGCGCGCUUUUCGUCUAAAAAAAGCUGAAGGUAUUGUCCACAUGGCUACAGCCUCAAGCAAACAGCACCGGCAUUGCUGGCCAAAACCAACAACAUUUCUGGACCAGCGAUGCUGGCGCUGCCUGUGCACCAUGUAGGGAGGUGCUUUGCUUACACUUUACUUGCUUGGAGCCCCGUGCCAAAAGCGUUAACAUUGGUGGCGAUGAGACGAUGGCCUAGUGAAUCUAGCGCAAUGUUGGGUGUGCUGUGGAGUAGUUCGCCAGCAUUGCCUUUGUCUGUGUUCGUCCGUGCAAGACUUCGCCAGCAAUGCUGGCCGGUUUUGGCGCUUUUUUUACGAGGCUUUACUGUAAAAAAGGUACUAAAUUCGUCUCGUUUGGCAAAUAAAGCCCACUUAGCAAACAGUCAGCAGUGACAGCGUCGCUUUGGAAAACAUGCCAGCAUUGCUUGGUAGGCAUCGCUCGCUCAGUUUCCAAACCAUGUCUGGAGGUACUGAGAAGUAGUUGGUCAACCGGGGAGUAGCGGUACCAGCAAAUGCUCGCGAUGUUGACACUAUUUGCGCAGGAAACAUCCCUGAAACUCGACGAGUUCUUCUUAAAAUAAGAAUUAGUAAUAAAGUUGAAUUUGCAAUGAUAAAA